AUGUACCCUCCCAGACUUGACGCCAGAUCGAUUGUCGAGCUCUGGAGACAGCGCCAGGAAACAAUUGCGCGAAAUGAGGAAUAUAUGCAAGGAUAUCCUCAAGGGACCCUGAGUGAUCCUGAUAGGACCUUGACUGAUCCUGAUAUGGCCUCGAGUGAUCAUUAUAUGGGCCUGGGUGAUCCAGAUGAGAACUUAAGUGAUUGGAUCACCACCUCACCUGUCAAUGCUACUUGUGUAGCUUCAGACUCGGGUGUGGAUAUCCCUGAAAAUAUUCUUAUGCAUUCUGUGGAACACGUCUCUGGUGCGAAUCAAGACGACCUGUCGGACGAUGCCAAAUUGGAUUUCUUCGCUAUGGGAGAGUCAGAGUUCUUUGCCAUGGGAGAGUACUUCCAUGAUCUUUAUACCCAUCAUCAUGAUCCUACAAAGGAGUCACUCGUUCGUGUUCGACUUCGCAGGUUGGGUACCCAUAUAUUCAACUCGCUCAGCUUUCUGAAGGACAAUGUCACGACCAACUCCGAGCCAGUGACUGAAACAGACCCCUCUGAACCAAUUAUCGAGAGCCAGGAAGACUACGAGAUAGAGAAAGAAAACAUAUCUGGAGGGCUAUUUACUAACCACAGUAUUAAGAUGAUGUUUGUCUCCGGAGAGACAGCUGAGCCUUCCCCUGAAACUACUACUUUGAUUGAGGAGAUCACCCGCCAACAAGUGAUCGAGAUUCUCAGCCGCAGCACCGCAUUGGCGACUCGCCGCGGAGUUCGCUCGAUCUCUACUGACGAUCUGAUUUUCCUGAUUCGCCACGACAAGGCCAAGGUCUCCCGUCUGCGAACCUUCCUGUCCUGGAAGGACGUUCGCAAGAAUGUCAAGGACUCCGACGACAAGGGUGGUGGUGACGCCGCUGAUUUUGCCGCUGCCGACGAUGCGGCUGGCGUGGUUGCAGGCCCUCAAGAUGUUGCCCCCAAGCCCAAGAAUAAGCGCGCGAAGGUCGGACUUGCGUGGGAUGUCAACAGUUUCUACUCAGUUCAGGUCCCUGAGCGUGAAGAUGAAGAGGACGAAGAAGAGGAGGAACAGAACUACGCGACUCUCCAGCGUCUAGCUGCCGCCGAUGAACGCACCCGCCACAUGACCCGAGAGGAGUAUGUCUUUUGGUCUGAGUGUCGCCAGGCCUCUUUCACCUACCGCAAGAGCAAACGAUUCCGCGAGUGGGCAGGCUUCGGUAUCGUGACCGAAUCUAAGCCAAACGAUGACAUUGUGGACAUCCUCGGAUUCCUCACAUUCGAGAUCGUCCAGACCCUGACUGAACAGGCACUCAAAGUCAAGGAGCGCGAAGAUAAUGAGAAGCACCGUCGCGGUGGCGCCGAAGCCGGCGAGAACCUCAAGAAGCGUAAGCGCGAGACCGGCCUGUUUGACCCCCCCCGAGGAGGGACGCACUCCCAUUGA